AUGGCUUCCGUCUCAAGUCCGCCCACGGGCGUCUACGUCCCCGUCCCCACCUUCUUCGCGCCGGCGCCAGGUGAGCUCCAGCCAAAGGUCGACAUCAAGACGCAGACCGAGCACGGCGUGUUCCUGGCCAAGAAUGGCAUCCGGGGCCUGGUGCUCCUGGGCUCCACGGGCGAGGCCAUUCACCUGUCCCGCAGCGAGAGAAAGGAUCUCGUCGCCGGCGUCAAGCAGGGGCUCGAGGCCGCCGGCUACAAGGACUAUCCCAUCAUGGCCGGUGUGCUCACCAAUGGCGUCGACGAGACGCUCGAGUGGUUGCGCGACUACAAGGAGGCCGGAGCCCAGUGGGGUCUGGUCCUCGUCCCUGGUUACUUUGGCACUGCUGCCAACCAGGAGAAUAUCAAGGAGUGGUACACUCUAAUCGCAGACAACAGCCCUAUCCCCAUUUUAAUAUACAAUUACCCUGGCGUUACAAACCAGGUUGUCGUUGCUCCCGAGACAUACACAGCCUUGGCGCAACACCCCAACAUUGUAGGAUGCAAAAUGUCGCACGGAAAUGUAUCGCAUCACGUCCAAGUUGCGCUGGACCCAGAGAUUGACCACAAAAAGUUCAAGGUCUACAGUGGUUUCGGCCAGCAGCUCGGACCCAUUGUGCACUUUGGCGCCGCCGGAGUCAUUGACGGCAUGGCGGCCUGGUACCCCAAGACGGUGGUCCGGCUCAUGGAUCUGGCCGAGAAGCGGCCCGUGGACCAGGCCGCGCUCGACGAGGCCCAGAAGCUGCAGUUUGCCGUGAGCAGGGCGCAGGAGUUUAUUGGCAAGUUUGGCAUCCUCGGCAUCAAGGAGGCCGUCCACCGGGUUGCUGGCUUUGGCAACCCUGAUGUGGCGCGUCUGCCGCUCAAGGGCAGACUGCCCGAGGCGGAUUGGGCAAAGUGGCACCCGCUUUUGCUUGGGGGUGUCGAGAAGCUGGAAGCAUCACUAUAG